UCGCAUCGAUCCGAAGGAGAGCCAAGCAGUGGUGCACGGCGCUAAGGCGUCGACCGUGGAGCCAUAGCAUUCAUACCUUAGCCGCCGGGCAGCCCUGGUUGGCUGCCGAGGCGCUGGGGCAGCACUCGCAGCGCUGGGCAGCCGCACGGAUGCAAGCCCUCCUCUGGGUGCUGGCCCUGGCCGCGAGCCAAGAGCACGGGCGGCGCCCGCUCCACGAGCGGCGCCGGAGGCCGGUGAGAGACAAGACCGCCCGCCAACAGGCCGCCGCCGCCCGCGCGCGCGCCCGCGGGUAUCUAGAAGCGCCCCAACUACAUAUAACGGAGGACUUGUUACCUGAGGCACCAAUCAAUGACGUCGCCCCACCAACAUUGACGGAGGCGCAGCGACAAGCGACACCGACCCUCCGGAAGCUGCCCGUCAACGACCAGAGGAGGGCCUGCGCACAAGCGUGCACCGCAGAGGGCAAAGGCACGGUCUACGCCCAGCACCUGCGCAAGGCCGGCGGGACCUUGCUGAGGCAGUACCUCGCCCGUUAUCGAUGUAAACCCUUCGACACCAUCGUCUCGAAGCGCCAGCGACUUGUACAGAGGGGCGUGCCGCGCGCACAUACGGCACAUACGGUCAUCCAAGGUGAAAACGCCUUCAACCCCCAGUCAAUCUUGAUGAGACCUUCAACAGUCUACGUGACCAUAUUAAGGGACCCUAUCAGCAGAGUGGCUUCAUCAUUUUUUGCGGAUGAUGGUGUUCAUUUUGAGAACUGGCUAGAAGGCAUUCAGCGCGCCUCGCAGGAACGCUCCAAGGAUGCGACAGCGUUCCACUCUUCUCAGAGAGUCUGGCCCCUCUCUGUCAAAAUUCACGAGGAGGUGGCGAAUUAUUACGUCCAGGUGUUUUCUGGUGUGGCGGCGCACCCUAUAACUCAAAAACAUUUCGAUGCGGCCGUGUCCACCUUGUCCAAUUUCGACGUCGUGCUCGUCUUGGAACAUUUGAGCACGCCGGACGGCCGAAAGGAGGCCAUGAGUCUCUUGGAGCGGGCGCUGCCGCUACCGUCCAUCGCGCGCUGCCCGCCGUCCAUACGGCCGCGGCCCGUGAAUAGUGGACGGAAAGGUGUACUAACAGAAGGUCAGAGACGACGCAUCGCGGACCUGAACGUCUAUGAUGUGAAGCUCUACGAGCACGCGGUGACCCUGAUGAACGCGCGGAUCGCCUCCGUAGACAUGGAGUGUGCUCCUCGAAACUGCUCGGCGGCGCCCGACGACUCGUUGAACUUGCUCCAUGGCGAGGACGCUUUGGACAGUUGCGGCCGCCUCAUCCCGCGGAAGUGCCGCCGCGACGCGUGACCCCCGACGCCGUCGCCGCGGCAGCCAACGCGACGACCGUGAGCGGAUGCUCACCCCUACGCUGCCGCGACGGCGGCGUGGGACGACCGCCGAAGCGCCGGCGACUGGCGUGGCUGGACGCGCCGCCUACGCGAUGUCUCCCCCCGACGCCAUCACCGCGGCGACGCACUGUGUUGUAACAUGUGUCCUUACUUC